AUGAAGCAAGUAUUGGACAUUCUCCAGGACUCCAUGAUUGCGUCGAAGAUUGGAAAGGACAAACAGUCUAGUUUCCGGGGGGUGUACAAACGAGUCGCAGCGGAACAUGACGACGAGUUCCUUGAGCGAUACACUACUGACAUGGACAUUGUCUUGAUCUUCUCUGGUCUUUUCUCGGCUAUCAGCGUGGCUUUCAUCGUCGCGAUGGAGUCUAAUUUCAGUCCUGACCUCAGCGACAUCACGAAUUCCCUUUUGAAACGGCAUCAUCGAGUCUGA